GCGUGAGUGAGAGAGGGAGAGUGAGAGCGAGAUAGAGAGGGAUAAAGAGAGAGAGGGAUAAAGAGAGAGGCUUUAAGCUUAAUAUGAAGUUAUUAAUGACGAAAAUCCUUCAUUACCACCGAACAACUAUAUUGUUAUUUAAACGACGUGGUUGAAAUAAUACAUAGUGAUAGGCUAUUGAUCGAUCAUUAGGACUUACAAUUUUUACCGAUGAUCAUUAUUUAAAUCGACCAUACUAGUGAGCGUGCAUUGAGGGGGCAUAGCGAGGAGUACAGAUGGGGUAGAGAGAAAGAGAAAGACAGAGAGAGCAAGAGAGAGAGAGAGAGAGAGAGAGAGAGAGAGAGAGAAGCGCGUUACCUACAUCUUUUCCUCUGAUUCCUUUUCUCCAUCAUCUGUAACGAGGAUAUAUUAAGAGGGGAAAAUGCUCUUUCUUCAAGCCAUCUUAAGAAGAAGAAUACACAAAGAUGAUGGUCCUUACUCUAAAGGGAACAAGGACUCACAAGGGACAGACAAUUCCCUGCCCUCCAGGAGACAGAGUAUCCCAGAAGAUCUGCGGGGUGUGACGAUAGUAGAGCUGAUUAAGAAGGAAGGCAGCACCUUGGGCCUCACCAUCUCCGGAGGAACAGACAAGGACGGAAAGCCCCGCGUCUCCAACCUACGACCAGGAGGACUGGCUGCCAGGAGUGAUCAGCUGAACGUUGGCGACUACAUCAAGUCAGUCAAUGGUAUCAACCUGACCAAGCUGAGACAUGAAGAAAUCAUCAGUCUGUUGAAGAACGUGGGAGAACGAGUGGUGCUGGAAGUAGAGUAUGAACUGCCCCCUUCAGCACCAGACAGCACAUCAGGUGUGAUUUCCAAGACAAUCGAGAUAUGUUUGCACAAAGAAGGCACCAGCUUCGGCUUCGUCAUGAGAGGGGGCUCACACGAAGACUGGAACAAAUCACGCCCCCUGGUGGUGACAUACGUCCGGCCGGGAGGCCCUGCAGACAGAGAGGGCACUCUGAAGCCAGGCGACCGUCUGAUGAGUGUUGAUGGGGUACCUCUCCACAGUGCCAACCAUGGAGAUGCCCUCACUGUGCUCAACCAGUGUGGUCAGGAGGCCCUUUUCCAGAUCGAGUAUGACGUCUCUAUCAUGGAUACUGUGAUGAAUGCAUCUGGUCCCCUAUUGGUGGAGAUCGCCAAAUCACCGGGGGCAGCUCUCGGUAUCACCUUGACAACCGCCACCCACAGGAACAAGCAGGUCAUCGUCAUCGACAGGAUCAAAGCAGCUAGUGUGGUGGACAGGAGUGGAGCCCUCCAUAUAGGAGACCACAUCCUGUCCAUCGAUGGGACCAGCACGGAGCACUGUUCAGUCCUGGAGGCCACACAGCUAUUAGCCAGCACCUCAGACCAGGCCAAGCUAGAGAUCCUCCCCGCCCACCACAGCAGACUGCCCAGCAAACCCCAGGACACUGUGAAGGUUCAGAAGAGUGACAACCCCCACUCGUGGGACCCCUGUGUGAACUACUGCCCCCCCCAGCACCCCUCCUCUCACUGUAAGACAAACACCUGGACCACCUCCUCCAACCCCUCCAGCACACAGGAAUAUUGCAAAUCCCUAGUGUCGACCAACUUCUCCCCCGGUUCCACCACCACCACCACAUCAGGCCCUGGGUCGACCAGCCAGAUCUCCAGUACCCUGCCCCGUACAGCUGUCCCCAUGAGUCCACGCAACUCCAUGAUGAAGAGACGACAGAGGAAAAAAGAACUUAAGAGCUCAUCUGUGUCACUGGCAUCCAGUACAGUGGGCCCUGGUGGUCAGAUCGUCCACACAGAGAGCAGUGAGAUCACCCUGAGAGGAGACCCUCUAAACGGCUUUGGGGUCCAGCUACAGGGAGGCAUCUUUGCUACAGAGACCCUCUCUGCUCCGCCACUCAUACGUUUCAUAGAGCCGGACAGCUCGGCAGAGAGGUGCGGCCUGCUGCAGGUUGGAGACAGACUCCUGUCCAUCAACGGAAUCCCCACGGAGGAUGGAACACUGGAAGAGGCCAAUCAGCUUCUCCGAGACGCCGCUCUGGCCAAUAAGGUCUCUCUUGAAAUAGAGUUUGACGUCGCAGAGUCUGUUGUGCCCAGUAGUGGAACAUUCCAUGUGAAACUGCCGAAGAAGAGAGGGGUGGAGCUGGGCAUCACUAUCAGUGCCAGUAAGAAGUCUGGAGAGCCUCUAAUCAUCUCAGACAUAAAGAAAGGCAGUAUGGCUCACAGGACUGGUACCCUGGAGCCAGGUGACAAGCUGCUGGCAAUAGACAACAUCAGACUGGAGAACUGUUCCAUGGAAGACGCCUGUCAGAUCCUACAACAGGCAGAGGACCUGGUCAAACUCAAGAUCCGCAAGGACGAGGACAACUCAGAUGAACAGGAGACGUCUGGUUCUAUCAUCUAUACGGUAGAGCUGAAGAGAUAUGGAGGCCCCCUGGGCAUAACCAUCUCAGGAACAGAGGAGCCAUUUGACCCGAUCGUUAUCUCUGGCCUCACCAAGAGGGGCCUGGCUGAGAGGACCGGAGCCAUCCAUGUGGGAGAUCGUAUCCUGGCUAUCAACAGUGUCAGUCUGAAGGGAAAGCCGCUCAGCGAGGCCAUUCACCUGCUACAGAUGGCCGGGGAGACGGUCACACUCAAGAUCAAAAAACAGGUCGACAUAACAGACGAGAAGAAGAAGGAUGGAGAGAUGGAGAAUGAUUUGAGUGACACCGAGGACAUAUCAGACAUGACAGACUCUCAGAAGACCAACAAGCUGUCAGAGAUCUACUCCACCACCAUACCCAGUGUGGACUCUGCCAUGGAGUCCUGGGACGGAUCCGGCAUCGACGCGGGCUACGGAAGCCAAGGAACCUACAUCCACCAGGCAGCAGGCAUCGCCCUGCACCCCCAUGAGUGGAGGAGUGCCAAGCAAAGGAACAGCACCCCACCCCCGGGCCGCCGUAGUAAGAACUACCCUUUCAGUGACGGGGGCUUCAGUGAAGACGACUGGGACAAACCUUCAGGAUACACCAGCCAGCCUCAUAGUGACGGCAUCAUGCUAGACCACGAGGACAGUUUCUGGUGUCAGGCCCUGGAAGACUUGGAGACCUGUGGACAGUCUGAGCUGCUCAGAGAGAUAGAGGCAUCCAUCAUGACGGGCAGUGCCAUCAGUAUUGGGGUGGAUGGUAACAAGUCCCAUGCCAUCUCCCACCCUGGGGACCCCGUCAGCCAGCCCCGCGUCAGCCCUCUACGGAGGAGCUCCCUCCUGCACCACGAUGCCAAGACCCACCUGCACCAGGAGGUCCACCUCCACCAGGAGGCCCAUCUGCCCCCGGAGGCCCAGCUCCUGCACCACGAGGCCAGGACCCAGCUGCAUCAUGAGGCCAAGGCCAAGAACACACUCCGGGUGUCUGAGAAGACCUGGGAGUCCCGCAGAAUCAAGGAGGAGAUGCAGGAGAUCCUAUCCCCGAACCCUCUUGAGCUACACAAGGUGACGGUGAUGAAGGAUCCAGAGAGCGAUGACUUCGGCUUCAGCGUCUCCGACGGGUUCCUGGAGAAAGGUGUUUAUGUCAACAUGAUCCGUCCCGAGGGCCCGGCUGACCGUGCAGGCCUGAAACCAUAUGACAGGAUCCUACAGGUGAACCACGUGCGUACCAGAGACUUUGACUGCUGCCUGGCUGUCCCCCUGAUCACCGAGGCCGGGGACAAGCUGGAGCUGGUGAUCAGCAGGAACCCUCUGGCCCAGCAACUGCACCAUGAACCGGACUGUCUGGACCAGGACCAAGGACUUCUCAUCUCUGCACUGCAGUCCAACAGUAGGGAGCACCACCACUAUGCCACUACAACUCGAGCCAUGGACCUGUGAUUUACAGACACGCAGUACAGACACACGGAACCACAGACCAGGAAUAAGGACUACUGAUUUCUGCACUGCAGUCCAACAGCAGAGACCACCACUACAACCCGAGCCAUGGAUCCUGUGAUUACAGACACAGACUACAGUCACACCAAGCCACAGACCACGACCAUGGAACUGUAUCUGAAUCUACAACCGCAAACAAAACCAUGUGUUUACAGACACACCAAUGACCUGUGACUUUACAGCCUGCAGACACACCAAUGACCUGUGACUUUACAGCCUACCGACACACCAAUGACCUGUGACUUUACAGCCUACAGACACACCAAUGACCUGUGACUUUACAGCCUACAGACACACCAAUGACCUGUGACUUUACAGCCUACCGACACACCAAUGACCUGUGACUUUACAGCCUACAGACACACCAAUGACCUGUGACUUUACAGCCUACAGACACACCAAUGACCUGUGACUUUACCUGUGACUUUACAGCCUGCAGACAUACCAAUGACCUGUGACUUUACAGCCUACAGACACACCAAUGACCUGUGACUUUACAGCUUACAGACACACCAAUGACCUGUGACUUUACAGCCUACAGACACACCAAUGACCUGUGACUUUACCUGUGACUUUACAGCCUACAGACACACCAAUGACCUAUGACUUUACAGCCUACAGACACACCAAUGACCUGUGACUUUACAGCCUACAGACACACCAAUGACCUGUGACUUUACAAACAAAAGACACACAGUCAAAGACAAGCGCCAUGGACCUAUACAUACUACAGACACACUUUGGGCCUGUGAUUACAGACACACCAUGUCUCAGACCUGUAACUACAGACCUAUAACUACAGACCUGUAACUACAGACCUGUAAAUACAGACCUAUAACUACAGACCUAUAACUACAGACAUGUAACUACAGACAUAUAACUACAGACCUGUAACUACAGACCUAUAACUACAGACCUAUAACUACAGACCUGUAACUGCAGACCUGUAACUGCAGACCUGUAACUACAGGCCUAUAACUACAGACCUAUAACUACAGACCUACAACUACAGACCUGUAACUACAGACCUGUAACUACAGACCAGUAACUACAGACCUGUAACUACAGACCUAUAACUACAGACCUGUAACUACAGACCUGUAACCACAGACAUAUAACUACAGACCUAUAACUACAGACCUAUAACUACAGACCCAUAACUACAGACCUGUAACCACAGACAUAUAACUAUAGACACACAGAGACAGAACAACAGACCAGCAUCACAGACCUGUAAUUACAAACACACUGAACCACAGACCAGCAUCACAUACCUGUAAUUACAAACACACUGAACCACAGACCAGCAUCACAGACCUGUAAUUACAAACACACUGAAACACAGACCAGCAUCACAGACCUGUAAUUACAAACACACUGAACCACAGACCAGCAUCACAGACCUGUAAUUACAAACACACUGAACCACAGACCAGCAUCACAGACCUGUAAUUACAAACACACUGAACCACAGACUAGCAUCACAGACCUGUGGCCAGGGGUUCCACUGACACGGAACCACAGACCAGCAUCACAGACCUGUGGCCAGGGGUUCCACUGACACGGAACCACAGACACUACCCGUGGUGGCUGGACUUGUACCGACAGCUACACCGUACAGACUCACAGAACUCUGUCUUCAGCCCUAUCAAACACUGUAAAAAAAAUUAUAAUGUGAAAAUGUUUUUACAGAUUCCUUUAUACCCCAAGUCUCGUGUUUCCUGUGUUGUCAUUAUGUCAACCCCUUAUAUAUAUAAAUAUAUAUAUAUAUAUA